AAUGAAAUGCAAUUAUGCAAAAGGCGGCGAAGGUAUUAAUCUCAAAUAUAGAGAUUAUCAAAUUAGCCUGUCUGGAUCGAAAAAAGACUGAAAAAAUCCUUCUUCUUAUCUUAUCUUAUAAAUACUCAAACAAAUCGCACAACUUCUCCCAAAUGGAGACAAUUACUUCCCUCUCUGCAUCUAUCCAUCUGCAUUGUUCUGCAACUAAGUAGGGUUUCUGCUCCUAAAAGGACAGUCUGAAGAGAUAAAGUAUAAAUAGUGAGUUUACAAUGGAUUCGUAUGCUCUACAUCUUGCCAUGGCUGCUUUGUUUGGGGCUUCGUUUGUGGCCGUUUCAGCUUACUAUAUACAUCGUAAAACCCUAACUCAGUUACUGGAGUUCGCGAAGACACUUGAACGCGAGCGAGAGCGUGGAGAUGGAGAUGAAGAGUUGGAUAGAGGUGAUUCGCCGCAGCAUUUCAAGAAGUAUGCCGAUAAGCGGCGAAACCAUGGGAGGCGUAAGGCGACGGGGUAUUACCGACGAACAUCGGCUUCGUUGCCGGAUGUUACGGUCAUUGACACUAUUGCUGAUGGAGAGGAGAAGCGGAGCGGUCCACUCUCAGCGGAGGACCGUAACCUUUCUAUCCCGGUUGGGUUGCCUCGGUUACACACGCUUCCUGAAGGGCAAUCUGCAGGACGAGCAACUUCAACCAAGAGAGCUGGACAUAUUAUCAGACCUACUUCUCCCAAAUCUCCUGUGGCUAGUGCUAGUGCCUUUGAAAGUGUUGAAGGAUCCGAUGAAGAAGAUAAUUUGACAGACACUGCCAAACUAGAUACUACAUAUUUUCAUGCUAAUGGAAAUGUUGGACCAGAGUGUAAAGGUCUAAUUGAGAAUUUGCCAAAUAACAUUAAUGGCAACACAGAGGAGAAGCCAAUAGCAGCACCCAGCAUGAUUCGGUCACAUAGUGUAUCUGGUGACCUGCAUGGUGUUCAGCCUGACCCUGUAGCAGCUGAUAUUCUCAGGAAAGAACCAGAGCAAGAAACUUUUGUUCGGCUAAAAAUUACUCCUAAUGUUGUAGAGGUACCAUCUGCAGACGAAGUGGAGGCUUAUCGGGUACUUCAGGAAUGCCUUGAGCUGCGAGAAAGUUAUGUUUUCAGAGAGCGAGUUGCUCCAUGGGAGAAAGAAGUCAUUACUGAUCCCAGUACUCCAAAGCCUAUUGAAAACCCAUUUUCAUAUUCUCCCGAGGGGAAAAGUGAUCAUUAUUUUGAGAUGGAGGAUGGAGUGGUUCAAGUUUAUGCAAAUAAAGAGUCGAAAGAAAAGCUUUUUCCUGUAGCUGAUGCUACAACAUUCUUCACUGAUUUGCAUCGCAUCCUUAAAGUAAUUGCUGCAGGAAAUAUUCGGACUUUAUGUUAUCGUCGACUUGUUCUUCUGGAACAGAAGUUCAAUCUACAUUUGAUGCUAAAUGCCGAUAGAGAAUUUCUUGCUCAGAAAAGUGCACCACAUCGUGAUUUUUAUAACGUCAGGAAAGUUGAUACACAUGUCCAUCACUCAGCAUGCAUGAACCAGAAACAUCUAUUGAGAUUUAUAAAAUCAAAGUUGAGAAAAGAGCCUGAUGAGGUUGUAAUAUUCCGAGAUGGGACAUAUCUGACAUUGAAAGAAGUUUUUGAGAGCUUGGAUUUAACUGGGUAUGACCUUAAUGUGGAUCUUUUAGAUGUUCAUGCUGACAAGAGUACAUUUCAUCGUUUCGAUAAGUUCAAUCUCAAGUACAACCCAUGUGGUCAAAGCAGACUCAGGGAGAUUUUCCUUAAACAAGAUAAUCUUAUCCAAGGUCGUUUCUUGGCUGAGCUGACUAAACAAGUAUUUUCUGAUCUUACUGCAAGUAAAUACCAGAUGGCUGAAUGCAGGAUAUCAAUAUAUGGUAGAAAACAGAGUGAAUGGGACCAACUAGCUAGUUGGAUAGUGAAUAAUGAGCUUUACAGUGAGAAUGUUGUUUGGUUAAUUCAGCUGCCACGGCUGUACAAUGUGUACAAAGAGAUGGGAAUUGUCACAUCAUUCCAGAACAUACUUGACAAUAUUUUUCUUCCCCUUUUUGAGGUUACAGUUAAUCCAGAUUCACACCCUCAGUUGCACAUUUUCUUGAAACAGGUUGUGGGGCUCGAUUUAGUGGAUGAUGAAAGUAAGCCUGAAAGACGCCCAACAAAACACAUGCCAACACCUGCUCAGUGGACCAAUAUAUUUAACCCUGCAUACUCAUACUAUGUAUACUACUGUUAUGCCAACCUUUAUACGCUAAAUAAGCUUCGUGAAUCAAAGGGUAUGACAACAAUCAAAUUCCGUCCACAUUCUGGAGAGGCUGGCGACAUUGAUCACCUAGCUGCAACUUUUCUUACAGCUCAUAACAUUGCACAUGGGAUAAAUUUGAGAAAAUCUCCUGUUCUUCAAUACUUGUAUUACCUUGCACAGAUUGGACUGGCUAUGUCACCUCUGAGCAACAACUCCUUAUUUCUGGAUUAUCAUCGCAAUCCUUUUCCAAUGUUUUUCUUACGUGGUCUUAAUGUCUCACUUUCUACGGAUGAUCCAUUGCAAAUCCACUUAACAAAAGAACCCUUGGUGGAAGAAUAUAGUAUAGCAGCUUCUGUAUGGAAGUUAAGUGCAUGUGAUCUAUGUGAGAUUGCCCGCAAUUCAGUUUACCAGUCAGGUUUUUCACAUGCUUUGAAGUCGCAUUGGAUCGGGAAAUCAUACUACAUGAGAGGUCCAGAUGGUAAUGAUAUUCACAAAACAAAUGUGCCUCAUAUCCGGGUGGAGUUCCGUUAUACAAUCUGGAAGGAGGAGAUGCAACAGGUUUAUCUAGGGAAAGCUAAAAUUCCUGAAGAAGUGGACAAAUGAAAGUGCAUGCCACUUACUUUGCCAUUCACAGUCAUUUGAUUGUUUUGUUUUCCUGGUAAGUUUUUGCUUGAUGUUUUAAGGCGGUUACCACAUUGGUGUCUUCUCUGCAAAGUUCUCCGAGUUACUCGGGCGUAUAAGAUUUUGGACGUAUUAUCAUGAGAUCCAUAUUUUAUUUGUGACUAUAAACCAUAGUAUUUCUGCUUUCCAAGCAAUGAUAAAUCAAUGGUUUAGAUGCUGUGGUCAA